AUGUUGAGUAAAGGUGGCAUCAUUCUGGAUUUGGCUGACCGACUAAAGUACGCUGUAGCUAUGAUCGACACUCUUCUCUCGCCCUCACAACACAGUUAUCCGUCCACAAAAUCCGCGCCGUCAACUGGGAAAUCCGCGGCUGCUCCAGUCUCAGCAGCUGUUCGGCAAGCCACCACGGCAGGCACCGCUGCUGCGGCCAAAGCCAUUGCAACGCUAUCAAAGCCAUAA